AUGUACACCAUCCUCCUACUAUGCAGCUUCCUCACAUCCUUCAUUCUUUACACUCGCUACAAACGGCGUCCACCACCAGGAACACACCAUGCACCUGGCCCGGCAGGUCUUCCUGUCCUCGGAAACGCUCACCAACUUGGUCUUCAACCACACCAGCAAAUCACAGCCUGGGCCCGCGAAUAUGGCGAGCUGUACAAGAUCAGGCUGGGCUGGAAUGAUUGGUACAUGAUCUGUUCGCCCGAAGCAUGCAAAGAGAUCCUCGACAAGCAGUCCGCGCACACGAGUUCUCGAACGCCUCAGCCUGUGGCGGGCGAUACUUUGGCUGGGGGCAUGAGGUUUUUGUUCAUGCCGUAUGGACCCGAGUGGAGGAAGUUGAGGGGCAUCAGCCAUAAGCUUUUGACGCCGAAUGUUAGUGCGACGUUCAAGCCGAGUCAGGAUUACGAGGCGAAGAUGCUGCUGGAGGAGAUCUUGAAGGGGAGGGAUGAGGAGAGGGGGAAUGAGGUUGGUCUGAUGAACGACUUCUCCCUCGUGGCAAAGCCAGGUGCAUAUCUUGCAGAUGCCCUGCCAUUCUUCGGCAAACUUCCACCAAGCCUUCAAUGGUGGCGUAAAGGUCUCAAGCCACUCUUCGACAAGCAGGCGAAUCUCUGGAUGUCCUUCUGGAACGUCGCUCAAGACGCAAAUGGAGACCAAUUCAUCGAAACCGACUAUGAGAAGCAGGGCAUCAGCGAGCUUCAGGCUGCGUUCCUCGCAGGCAGUAUGAUUGAAGCCGGAAGCGAGACCACCUCUGCUGCUCUCAACACGGCGAUUCUGUACCUCAGCGCCAACCCCGAAGCGCGACGAAAAGCUCAGGCCGAGCUAGACAAAGUCGUCGGAUCAUCUCGCUCUCCAUCCUUUGACGACGAGCAAGAUCUGCCAUACAUCCGCGCCAUUGUCAAAGAGACACUUCGCAUGCGACCCGUCACCAGCAUCGGUACACCGCACUACUCCACCGCACCUGUAAUCUACAAGAACACUUACAUCCCCGCCAACUCGGUUGUGUGCCUGCAGCAAUACCCCAUUCACUACGAUCCUAACGUCUUUCCCGAACCAGAUUGCUUCAACCCCGAUCGGUACCUGACCUAUCCCCUGGGCUCAGGACACUACGCCGGCGGACCCGCAUCAGCACGUGAUCACUGGGCAUUUGGUGCUGGGCGGCGAAUCUGCUCUGGCGUGCAUCUCGCUGAGAACAGCAUGUUCAUAGUGUUGGCGAAGUUACUGUGGGCGUUUGACAUAUUGCCGCCACUGGACGAAGCGGGGCGAGAAGUGAGGGUGGACACGAGUGAUGCGGCCUUUGACUAA